AUGGAAUCGGAUUUAGAUGAUAUUGUAUCUUUUACUCAUUUAGAGAAUGAAAAAGAAAACAUAAUACCAUUAAGACAUGGCAGAUCUGUAAAAGUUUUACAUGAGGUAUUAUUAUCUGGUACCGAACAAUUAGAUUUAAAGAUAAAUUGGUUUGAAAAAAGAUUGGAAGCAGAUAGAAACGAUCAAUUUGAUACAUAUGUGGAAUAUAUUGAUUGGUUACAAGAAUCACAGUUCAAAGGCCCUAAUAAUAUUUUAUUAGUGGUAAUAGAAAGAUGUUUAACCUAUAUGAAAAAUAAUGAACAAUAUCGUAAUGAUACAAGAUACUUGAAGAUUUGGUUAUUAUACAUCAAUUCAUUCUUUCAAUAUUCUAUGAGAGAUCGUAGAGAUAUGUUCAUUUAUAUGUUUAGAAAUAGAAUUGCUGAUUCAUUAACUUUAUAUUUCAUUGAAUUUUCAAGAUUAUUAUUUGAUAUGAGGAAUUAUAAAGAAUGUCAUGAUUUCUUAUUGAUAGGAAUCAAAAAUCAUGCUUUACCUGCAGGACAAUUAUUAAAUAAAAUUAAUGAAAUAGAAGAGUUUUUCCAAUUGAAUAAUAUAUCGAUAGAGAGUAGUGAUAAUAAUGAUCAAGCGUCUAUUGAUAAUCUUUUAUUGAAAUAUGGUAAUAUAUCAAUACUUAAUAAAGAUUUAAAGGAAAUAUUGGCCUCCAAAAAAAUAUACAAUAAUAAUGGUAGUAGCAAUGACAAAACAAAAUUAGAUGUUCGUGAAGAUAAUAAUGAUGAUGCCUAUGACAAUCGUGAAGAUUGUGAUUCUACUAAACUAGAAAUAUUCAAGGAUGAUUCGACAGGGUUUGAAACGAAGGCCUCUAGAUUAAAAGAAAAUCAAUCCAUAGUGACACCUUUGCAUUCAAAUACUAUUAUAGAACCAAUGAAACAAGAAACAAAAUAUGGUCUUAGUAAUGUGGCUGGACCAUCUGCUAAAGUUUCUAUUUUUAAUGACAAUAUUGGUAGAACUAAACCUGUUUAUAAAAUUAUUUCGAUAGAUGGACAAAAAUCGGAAAGAAUUGAUUGUAAUUUUAAUCUCAUCUAUCCCGAGGAUAACGAAUUCAGUGUAGAUCAAUUGUUGGCAGAAAUGAGAGGUUGUUAUAAUAAAUCAAACAAAAGAAAAUUGAAUCCUUCAAUUGAUAUGACGGAUGGAAAAAUAAACAAAAGGAAACUAAUCGUGCAGACUAAUGAAUAA